ACCUUUAAGCGCAAGCGAAAACCGUUGAACGCCGCUCCCCUAUCAUCUCCGAAAAUAGUUUGGUUACCUCGUAAAGACCUCGACCGAUUUCUGGAGUUUGCUGCGUCAACUGUUCGAUUGUGUAGAUUGUAGAUUCGUUGCAGGCAGUGUGGUGAGUUGUUUGUGUUAUCUUGGUGUUAAGAGUCGUGAAAAUGGCAUCAAAAUCUAAAAAAAGUUCAACGCCUGCAUCUACACAUCAGCGGCCGGCAAGCCCCUUAAGUCCUACCAGACAUUCAAGACUGCAGGAGAAACAGGACUUGCAAAAUCUAAAUGAUCGUCUAGCGUGUUACAUCGACAAAGUUCGCUACUUAGAAGCCGAAAACAGCAGGUUAACCAGAGAAAUACAAACAACACAAGAAACUGUUACUAGAGAAGUAUCAAACAUUAAGUCUAUGUAUGAUCAUGAACUAUCAGACGCCAGAAAGUUGUUAGAUGAAACUCACCGAGAGAAAGCCCGUUUGGAAAUUGAUGUUAAACGUCUGUUAGAUGAAAACGAAGAGCUAAAAGCUGAUUUAGCCAAAAAAAGCAAAGAUUUGGUUCUGGCUGAGAAUUCUGCCAGAAUUUAUGAAACUAGGUGCAAUGAAUUACAACUCAAAGCUAAUCAGGCAGCUGCAGAUGCUAAAAAAGCUGCUACAGAUGCUAGAGACCUUGAAAAGGAAAGGGAUAAGCUAAGAAAGCUCCUUGAUGAACAUCGUAAGCAACUGGAGGAAGAAUCCUUAGCUAGAGUUGAAGUAGAGAACUCCAACCAGAGUCUCAGAGAAGAACUAUCCUUCAAAGACCAAGUGUACCAACAACAGCUUACCGAGACGCGCACUCGUCGCCAGGUGGAGAUCAGCGAAAUCGACGGUCGUCUCGCUGAAAAGUAUGAAGCCAAGCUCCAGGAUGCUCUACAGGAACUCCGAGAUCAGUAUGAAUCCCAGAUGGCAACCAAUCGUCAUGAGAUCGAAUUGCUCUACGAGCAGAAGAUUAAAAACCUGCAGGCGGCCAACGAUAGACACCAGUCGUCUGCUGUAGGCGCUCUUGAUGAACUGAGACAGGUCAGGACCAGGAUCGAUACUCUGACUUCGAGGAUCUCAGACUUGGAGAAUCAGAACGCUGGCCUGUCAGGCAGAGCUAGGGAUCUUGAGAAGUUGUUGGAGAAUGAAAGGCUUCGGCAUGCUGAAGACCUGGCUCUCCUUGAAAGGGAAUUGCAAAGAUAUCGUGAUGAGAUGCAGGUGCAACUGCAGGAAUAUCAAGACCUUAUGGACAUCAAAGUGUCAUUAGAUUUGGAAAUCGCCGCAUAUCGCAAACUACUCGAGUCAGAAGAAGCUAGACUGAACAUCACUCCUCAUGGUACCGAAAGGGAGGUAUCCCAUCACAGCGUGCGCAGCUCCUCUCAGCGCCGCACCCCAGUACGAGCGGGUGCCAAACGGAAGCGCACACUUCUUGAAGAGAGCCAGGAAUCUAGUUUGUCUGACUACAGCGUCAACAGUUCCUCAAAAGGAGAUAUUGAAGUAGCUGAUGUGGAUCCUGAGGGACAGUAUGUGAAAUUGCACAACAAAAGUAACCAGGAGGUUGCUCUUGGAGGAUGGCAUGUUGUCAGACGUGUAGGCGACAAUGAGACUCAGUUUAAAUUCCACAGGUCGCUGAAGUUGGAAGGAAAUGGUUUUGUUACGAUUUGGAGCUCUGAUCUCAACAAAGACCAUGAACCGCCAAACAACUUGGUCAUGAAAGGACAGAAAUGGAUUGUUGGAGAUAACAUGACUACAACAGUAUUGAAUAACAAUGGUGAGGAGGUAGCAGUAUCCGAAAGAGUAAAAAGGCAGUUAUCCAGUUCAUUACUGAGACACAGAGAAAUGGCUGGAGGUUAUCUUUCUGAAGAACUCCAUCACCAACAAGGUGAUCCUCAGGGUGAUGAAAAGUGUCGAAUAAUGUGAAGUUCUGCACUCUAAUGAAAAACUUUAGUAUAAGAUUGAUAUAUACAGAAAUAAGUCGAUUUUAUUCGGCCUGUUCCAUAAUGGUGAGGCAAUGUGUUUAUUCCUCAAAAACCAGCUUCCAUCGGCCGGAAGAACUCGAUUUUUUUAUUGACAAAAAGCUUAUUUGAAUCGAACUAGAGAGAGAAUGUAUAACAUUUCAGUAUUUUUCUUCAGUGGUUGCCACACCUGUUAUAAAAUGAUUUCUGUUUUUUCUGUUUUCAUUUUAUAGUAUGUCUGGUUGUUUGUAAUUUUGUUUUGAAUAAAUGGUGAAACCAUCGUUUGUUUGUAACGAACGUAACCUUAUUAAUUAAUAUCAGAUAGUUUAGGAAAAUUCAGGUAUUAGGGUAAAUAUAUCAAACUUUUUUGACCUUGCAUUUCUGAAUUCUAACGUCGGUUUUAUGAAUCCAGUAACCAAAUUGUCCACCUGGUUGUCGAAUGUUCGAUAAAUCAGGUUUUUGUCAAUAUUUUAUUUUUUGUACUAAAAACGAGUUUAUUUGUUUGAGCCUCCAUGAAGGGAUUCGAAAAAGAUUUUUUGCGGUGUUUAUGAAGACUUUUAUAUAUUUUUAUUUUAUAUAAGUAUUCUACUAUUAUAUGGAGUCGACAAAAAUCUUUACUUGGGCAUAACAUUAUCGGUUGUGUUAGGCAAUUUUUUUUGUUGACUGACCUCGAGAGAAAAAACACUUCAUUUUUGUCUUUUACAUCUUCACCAUCCUGCAUUUUUUUAACAUUUUGGUAUAGGUUUAAGUAUAAUUAUAUGCUUCGUUUGUAAUUUGUGUUCAAUAAAAAGAAUUUGAAUAUAUCUAGUUUUUAUUGUGCCUCGUGGACAAAUUUUUAUUUGUAAGUCUAGAAUUAAGUACUAGUUCAAAACAGUUUGUAGAUUUAGGUUAUGUUGUAUCUCUUGCAAAUUUGAUGUUUUUCACAAAUAUUACAAAUAAAGUAUAUUUUCACCAA